GCCCCAGGUGGGACAACCUGAACACCUUGUAGGAAUUUAAUAAUCGUUACAAACCUGGUAUACGAACUGUCUCGGCACUCCAGCCUGUUUUUAACUUCUACUCAAGUAUGUGUUUUCCUUGUUCCAUUUGGAUGGAAUGCUGUUGAAGAAUUAGGAAACACUGUUUCCACAAUGCCCAUCUAUCUGCACAGAACACGAACCGCUAAAUUGAAAAAUAAUCUCAAAAGAGCAUAUGGAUGUGAGAUCUCCAAAGUAGCAGACUUGUAACUGUUGCCUGCAAGGAAGCAGCUGAAGAAAAUUGCACUGGCUGUAGCUAUAUCAGAAAUACGACACAAAUUCCAUCACCGAAGCAGAACUUGAACAUCUUUGGGUGAAUAGAGACAGCUCUUUAAAGGCCACAGGAAACUGAGUGCGUGAAUAUCAGGGAAGGGACUGGCUGCGCCUUACGAGAAAAUGGCUUUUCAGUUUAACUUUGCCAUAGAAGAUGACCCAGAAAAUGAACCAACGAUUUUUGGAGAUGAGGCUUCGAGGCUGGACUCCGGAAGAGGUGUAGCAGCCUUGGAGGCUCAAAAAGGACUGCUGAAGUCCGGAAUGUGCCCGUCAGAUAAAUGUGGGGGGCCACAGGAGGCUUUGCCUAUAUCUAAGUCAAGACAAGAAAUGACUCUCGAUAGAGAUAGCUCUCGAAAUAGUGCUGACGAAAAUGAAGGGGGUUUGGAUCUCAGAGAAAAACAGUCCUGUUUUAGAAAUGCUAAAGAACAUGAAAUUCCCCAAGAUUUAAAGGGAGUUUUAGAAAACAAAGUGGUGGAAGAAGUAUCGGGCCUCCGAUAUAUUAAUACGUCAACUGUGGACGUAGCGUCGUCCAAAGUUAGUUCCUGUGGAGAAGACACAGUAUCCAGAAGUCUUUCUUCCCAUUCUGAUCUGAUAACAGGGGUCUAUGAAGGGGGCUUAAAAAUCUGGGAGUGUACCUUUGACCUCCUGGCUUUUUUAGCUGAAGCCAAAGUGCAGUUUGUUGGGAAAAGAGUGUUAGAUCUUGGCUGUGGAGCGGGGUUGUUGGGCAUCGCUGCGUUAAAGGGAAAAGCUGAAGAAGUUCACUUCCAAGACUAUAACAGUACUGUGAUUAAUGAGCUAACCAUCCCCAACGUAGUAGCUAACUGCGCUUUUGACUGCCAAGUCGGAGAGGUCGAGGAGCCUCAGCUGAAGAGAUCCAAGGCCUCCGACCCCCCGCCCGAACUUUUGUGGAGGUGCCGCUUCUUUUCUGGGGAAUGGUUUGAAUUUACCAAGCUCGUGCUCGGCGGUGCAAAACCGCACGGGAACUAUGACAUCAUUCUCACGUCAGAGACCAUCUACAAUCCAGAUUAUUACAGCGCUCUGCACGACGCGUUGGUUAGGCUGCUGAGUGAAAAUGGGCGUGUGUUUUUAGCAAGCAAAGCACAUUACUUUGGUGUGGGUGGAGGGGUUCACCUAUUUGAGAAGUUCGUGGAAGAAAGGAACGUGUUCAAGAUUAGGACUCUCAAGCUAAUUGACCAAGGACUAAAAAGGUUUUUAAUUGAGAUGAGCUUUAAGCCCCUCAAUUAGUGUCCACCCUCACUGUAUGUAUGUAGUUGAAUGGUGGUGGCUAAUAAAUAGGUAUUUUGACCUCGUC